UCAAAACCUGUUGCCAAUUGUCGAGUUUCUUUUAGGCCAGGCUUGAAGACAAAUUAACUCUGGGCGUUUCACCUAGCAUACGCAAAAUAGUGCAAAAUCGGACAAUAAAAACGUUUCAACUCGGACAGCAUGUGUAAAUACGUGGGCGUGGAAAAGGCAAUGUUAAAGUGUAAAUAAGGCGCGCAUGCGUGUAACGAAUUAAGUGAAAUACAAUGCAGCAUGGAUCCUCCCGCAUUCCGAAACAGGAAGCUCUGCCCAACGCCAUUUCUGGGCCGGAUUCUAGCAACUGGACUUCGCUGCACGAGGCGGUGGCCGCCGGGGAUGAUCGACGGGUGGAGGGGCUCUUGUUCAGCAAUGCCGACCGCCUGGCCAGGGAAUCCAUCCAAGGCAACACCCCGCUCCACGAGGCGGCCAGCCGGGGGUUCAGUCGCUGCGUGAAACUAAUCUGUGCCCCUCCACCUCCAGCGCCAGGAGCGUCCGGGGGAAAGGCCGGGAAGGGGGCUAAAGGACAACAAAAGGACAAGGAGAAAAACAAAGGCAAGGCGAAGGUGAUCCACCAGACCACCGAAGCCCUCCACAACAGCUCCCUGAGCAUAGCCAAUAAUGAGGGGCUAUCGGCCCUGCACCUGGCAGCCCAAAACGGGCACAAUCAGAGCUCAAGGGAACUAUUGCUGGCCGGCGCCGACCCCGACGUCCAAAAUAAUUAUGGAGACACUCCACUCCACACCGCCUGCAGAUACGGGCAUGCGGGCGUCACACGGAUCCUGCUCUCCGCACUCUGCGAUCCCAACAAGACCAACCUGAACGGUGACACCGCACUGCACAUCACCUGUGCCAUGGGCCGAAGGAAGCUAACCAGGAUUCUGCUGGAGGCAGAUGCGCGGCUGGGCAUCAAGAACGCCCAAGGAGAUUGCCCCAUGCACAUUGCGAUCAGAAAGAACUACCGCGAGAUCAUCGAGAUUUUGAAUACGCCGAAGAAGAUACGCAAUCGCAAGGAGAGGUCAAGAGAGGGAGGCAGUCGCUCGGACAAGGAUCGGGAGAGGGAUGUCGUGGACAAGGGAAUCAAUUGGUCGCCGUAUGGAUGUCAUUACUUUCCCGAUCCCCGGGCCUUUCCCUCCCCAAAACUGGAGACCCUGCCCAAGGACCCACUGAAGCCAGGGGAGCAGUACUUCCUCGACUUGGCCGGCCACAUUCACAAGGGGCCAGUGAGUGUGGGCAACACCUGUUACUGUGGGCCGUUCUUCCGGCACAUCGAAAACAAGCUGAACUGCAACCGGAAGAGCCUCAAGAAGUACGUCCACAAGACCAAGGAGCGUCUGGGCCAUAAGGUGCAGGCCCUGGCUAUCAAAACCAACGACCAGAUCGAGCAACUCACCAGGACAAUGAUAGAGGACCGGCUGCGGUGUGAGAGCAAACGGCAGCACCUCAGUGAGUUCCUGCGACGAGGAGAACCCAUGCGCUCCACCUUCGAUCAGCAAAAUAGGAGCUCGAGGAUCGAAAGGACCCUUUCCAGGUGCCGCAGCUUGGAGCUGUUGGAGAGUAACCACGACAACGGCAGGCUCACCAAUUCCCGCAGUGUGGACCUACUCGAGGAUCAGGCAGUGCAGGCUAUUGUUCACAGAUCGGCAGAGGGUCCACUCGAAAGUGACAGCGAUGAGGACUCUCAUGACGCCGGGGAGGAUGCAGAGGAGGCCGAGGAAGAGGAGGUGGAGGAGGAAGAGGAGGAGGAGGGUGACGUGGAGCUGGCACAGGACGAAGAGGAGCUCGAGGAGCAGGUCGAGCAAUUGGAGCACUCCAAACUGGAUGAAUUAAAACUGGACUUCCUCAAGGUGUCUGAGCGGUUGGGUGUGCUGCUGGAGAAGACCACUCUGAUCAUGGAGCGGGAUAGCGAGCAGGAGAACAAGCACCAGCUGUCCUCGCUUUCCCCGCCCUACAAGCCCAACACCAGACCCGAGUCGGCCCAGCUCCCGGAGGACAAGGACAGUCCCAACUUUGAUGAGUACACCCACGUCAUGCGGCGGUACCCCAACUCGAGUGAGACCUCUAAUCCGUCCCAGAACUCCAACAGCUGGGACUGGGAGGCCUCCCCCACGGGCAGCAAUCCGCCCCCGGACUACCACAAGUACUACUCCCGAAUCGGAAGGGGGGAGAACAUGCUGAACUCCGUGAUCAAGGCCCUUCGCAAGGACGCGUCCUUCGCCGACCUGGGAAAGGAGGAGGCGGCCGUGAACGAGAGUGCCGAGAGGAUCGGCGGGGACAAGCUGCUCUACAAGGAGCAGGCCAGCGAGGCAGCUGGAAUCUCCAACCUGAUGAAGCGGCAACCCCUGUGCUUGGAGGACAACUACCCCGUCAUGUCGAACCUUUUCUACUCGAAUCCCCUCAUGGAGUAUGUGGAAGAGCCGGAAAUCCGGCAGAACGGAAACGAGCAGGUGAACAAAGUAGAGAUCCGGAACAGUGAGAUCAAGUGUCUGAAGAAACCCAACGCCGGUCAAGUCCGGGACAUGGUUGCCCAGCUGCAGAACACCAUAGACACUAACCGGCAGGAGCUGAUAGGAACGAGACCCCACUCCCGCCUGAACAACCACUUCCAGCACGUGGAGGCCACCUCCUCGAACCCCUCGCCCACCUACAGCAUUCCCCACCGGAGUGGUGUGGCCCCGCAAUUCGGUCUGCCCGAGAGGCACAUACCCAAAGACGCCUACUUCCACGAGCUGCCCCACCGACCGCAGAACCCGCCCAUCACCCAGCGGAGAAUCCCUUCCGCCUAUGCACCAAAUGCCGGUUUGAGGCCGGGGGUCCCCUUCAGGCCCCACCAGAUGCCUUCCUUCCAGAACAUCAUCACGCCGCAUUCCCAUCCGCAUCCCCAAGCCAGGAACUGGCCCCAUCCCAACCUGCCGCCCGCCGACAUCAAUCUGGACGAAGUUUCGGGCGUCGGCAUCUACAACAAUGUCUCCAGCUUGGUGUGAGCCAAGAUGUCCUGCCCAGAGCUCCCCUUGUACAUAGCUAUUCCUAAUAUAUUUAUCUUAAUCUUACAAAGUUAUAAACUAAAUCAAAAAUUAAUUUAUUUUCCAUGGCAGAAUCUAAUCUUGAGGGUUUGAAGAAUAUAUACGAAAUAUAUUACCAUAAAUGA